CCGCUGGUUACGACACUCAACGCGUUUCGCUUGUUUUGAAAUUGGAAGUUUGCAGCGCUUCUGAGCAGCCGAGCGUCCGCUAAAGACAAACAAACUGUUGCCUUACCUCCGCGCAUGAAGACACGGCGGGAAAGCGCCUUCUCCAGGAUUUCCAGCUGGGUUUGACAGAUCUGCGCGUGGGAGGAAUAUGGAUGUUAUUCCCAUGUGUAGUAUUUUCCAGGAGCUACAGAGUGUCCUUGACACCGGAUACCUGUCCGCAUUACCAUCUCUAGAGGAGUACUGGCAACAGACUUGUCUGGAGCUUGAGCGCUAUCUGCAGAAUGAGCCCUAUGUCUCUGCAGCUGAUCUGAGAUCAGUAUGCGAGUCUGACAAUCUUUGGAAUCAGUUUCUGCGCUGCUGUGGGACUGAACCGAACUCAUCCCCGCCAGAAGCAUCCAUCCCCAAGCAGGACGGGAACGCUACAGCUUCCCGUUUGCCAUUCGGCAGCUGUAAGAAGAUCAUUGCAUCUGCUGAUGUGCUCUCACACCCACUGGAUCACAGCGUAUCUGAGCAGCUGCAUGUAAUCGCACACACACCCCCGACACCGCCCUCCUCGCCCUCACACCCUCUCACGGAGGUUAAAGAAGAUGCAGAAGGGGCGAGAGGAGAUGAGGUCAAAGGUGAGGGGUCACCUGAAGGACGAAGGAGAGCUCAUCGCUGUUACUUCAGUGGCUGCAGGAAGGUGUACACCAAGAGCUCUCACCUGAAAGCACAUCAACGCACACACACCGGUGAGAAGCCGUACAGGUGUUCGUGGGAUGGCUGUGAGUGGCGCUUCGCUCGAAGUGAUGAACUGACGAGGCACUUCAGAAAACACACCGGAGCCAAACCCUUCAAAUGCAGCCACUGCGACAGGUGUUUCUCUCGUUCUGAUCAUCUGGCCUUGCACAUGAAGCGACACAUCUGAACCCAAAUUCUGAUGCAGACCUGCACAGCUGGUUUUCUAUGUAUUCGCUGAGUGUCAGUGUUGCAGAUUUUGCACCCUCUUGCUAAAGAUAUGGUUUCAGCAGAACAUGGGUAAUAGCAUUUUUUCCAAUGCUGGUGACAUUUGACUUGUUCAAUUCAAGUUAUAGCAUAGUUAUAAAGGCAUUGAAAAGGCAGAAAGUCUGGUACUGAAUGUAAGUUAACAUAUUUGCAGACUUUGCAAAUUGCAGUGAAUAUGUAUGUCAAAAUCAGUCAAAAUCAAAAAUAAUAUUUUGCCAACUAACACUUUGCAUUAACACACUGAAAACUCUUUGCUUUACUGCGCAGCUAAUGUGUUUAUAUCCAGAGCAGCUAUGUGUCCAUGUAGCUUUAUAAGGAUACAUGUUUGAGAUAAAAGUGUUUAUUGCUGUUUAUUUAAAAAAAAAAAAAUUCAAAACGUACUAAUAUGUACCUAUAAUAUACUAAUAUGUAGCAUUUAGGAGUACAUAACGUACAAAUGACCUGCUUUAUCCAGCAGUUACAGGUAUAUUAUUCAUAAUGAUAUUACUUGUUCUUUUAACCAAUAAAUUUAGCAUUAGUGCCUUAAAAUGGUUCUCUUAAAGUCAAUUAUGAGCUAUUCAUCAAGAAUUACUUUGGCCAAUUAAAGUUCAGGUUUGACUUAGAAGCAUUUGAUGAAACUGGAAAAUCUGUUGAUCAAAUACUGUAUAUUUUGUGUCAGAAGGACUGGAAUGACUGAAUUGUGUAAUUGAGAGGAGCUGGAUUUGCUACUGUGUAGUAUGCUAUAAUUUUAUGAGUUUGAAAAAUGCAUCAGGAUAUUUCACUGGUUUUCCGAGUACAGACUGCCAUCAUGUUGGCUCAGAUGAAGCUAUAGCCAUUUGUUGUCCAGAUGUUUAAAGCCCUGCAGAUGUUACAGAGGCGAGGAUGUUCACUCAGGGAUUGGUAAUAAGAAAGCUGUUAAUGUCUAACUGGAAUUUGCAGUAUCUUUAGGGGAAUUUUAAACUUUAUGACUUAUAAACAUAUUUAAACAUAUUAUCACUUUAUGUGCAUAUAAAGAUUUUUUAAAGUUCAUGAAAAAAAGAAAUUUAUGUUGAAUUUUAUCUGUACACCAUGAUCAGUUGUAACCUUUCAAAUCUUUUUGUCUAAAGGGACUGAUGUAAAUGUUUUUUUGUUUUUUUUUAUUAAAAAUGGUACAUUUUGCUUGUGAUUUUAAUAUUUUCUUUGUUGAGAGCAGAUCUCUAUGUAAAAGAUACAAUAUAUUGUAAAAAUGUUAUUAUCUUUGUGAAUACAUUUUA